CACAGAAUUUAAACUGCCUCGUAAGAAAUAGUACCUGCAUGGAUGUGAGCUGGCUGCAGGUUCCUGUGUGGACUCCUUCUGCUCCAAGCAGUCUUCACGUCUCUUCUGAUGUUUUCCGUCAGAUGGAUGGAAACCUGCUCCCUGUGCUUCGGAUAGAAUGGAAAGUGGCCACUGAUGCUAGCAUCCGGUAUCUCCGAGGGGCAGAGCUGGCUGUGAUGCAAGUGAACAGCAAUCAACAGAUCUGUGCCCAGUUUGACUUUCAGAACAAUUUGCCACUUCAAGUUCGUCCAGAUGGAGGCCGGUGGAAUUUCACUUUUGACCGCUUUGAAGUGGAUCCUGGCCAGACUUACCAAGUGACUAUCUACCACCUGCCCAAACUUGGUGUAGAUGGAGACUACAAUUGCAAGUCUAUGUCUCUCACAAUGCCUGACUGCAGGGACUCUCUAAUGAAAAGAACCGUGUCAUGUAUAAAGACAGGCAGUUUGUGGGAGCCCAGGAUCCAAGGUAAAAGUCUAGAUGAUACAACUUUGCUUGUGAGCUUUAACCCAUGGAUGGAGUCAGCCCGAUACCAAAUUCAUGUGGCCAGUUUCCUGGAUGAGAAGAAGUGUAAAGUGAUCACACGUGACUUCACUGAGGGUGGACUGCAACAGCAAGUGAAUGUCACAAUCAAAAUAGAGAAGAACAUAAGAGCUUGCUGCAACUACCAAAUACAGAUUCAGCCAUUCUUUGCAAACUGUGGCACAGACUGUCUGAGACACUCUGCUUUCAUCCCAUGCUCACCAGCUCCAAGUACAGACCCAUCAGGUGAUACAAUUAUAUGGCUCUACUGGUGUAUCACUGGGAUCUGUGUGUUACUGGUGGGAUCAGUCAUAGCAGGUGUGAUUUGUAUGACCAAAAAACGGGCAGGACACCGGCGAAGGAAAUGCAGCCAUAAUGAUUUGCAAACUGCAGCACCAUAUACUGACCUUCCUCUGCCACCCUUGAAGCCCCGAAAGGUUUGGAUUGUGUACUCUGCUGAUCACCUGCUGUACGUGGAUGUUGUGCUGAAGUUUGCGGAGUUUCUGAUGACGGUCUGUGGCACAGCUGUAGCCUUAGAUUUGCUAGAAGAUCAUCAGAUCUCAGAAUUAGGGCCCUUACCCUGGCUUACUCGACAGAAGAAGGAAAUGGAAGACCUGUCUUCAAAGAUCAUCAUUUUAUGUUCACGGGGCACCCAGGCCAAAUGGCAGGCCAUGCUUGGGAGUGAGCCUGUGUGUCUUAAGCAAGAUCAGCAAAAGCCAAUGGGAGACCUGUUUACCCCAGCCUUGAAUUUGCUCUUGCCAGAUUUCAAGAAGCCAGCCUGUUUUGGAAUGUAUAUAGUCUGCUAUUUUGAGGGGAUCAGUAGUGAGAAAGAUAUUCCUGAUUUGUUCAACGUCACAUCCAGGUACCAACUGAUGGACAAGUUUGAGGAUAUUUAUUUUCGGAUUCAGGAUUUGGAGAAGUUUGAACCUGGGCGCAUCCAUCGAAUCCAGGAAAUCACAGCUGAAAAUUACAUCGAUACCCCUAGUGGGAGUAAGUUGAAAGAGGCAGUACAAAAGUUCAAGAACUGGCAGACACAGCACCCAGACUGGUUUGAGAGUGAAACCAUCUGCUUGGAUAACGAUGAAGAAUUACAGUCACUGAACAGAGAGAGCCAGGUGGAUUCAUUGCUAAGUGAACCGGGUGGAAUUGUGCAACACCAGCUGCACCUACGGGAGCCUGACCCUGACUGCUGUUAUGUGAUCAACCUCCACAUGCGUGAAGAUGAAAGCAGAGGCUGUAAACUGCAGCCUCAACUUAAUCCGUGUGGGGAUCCAACUUCUCAGACUGUGGUCCUUCCUAUUGAUGAGGCUCCUCUAGUUCAGGUAGUGGAGCCAGUCUCUUCUAUAGAAGAAGACAGAGAUAUACUUGGUCAUCACGUGCUGAGUAAUGAGGACUGUAUGGAAGGAGUCCCUCUUCUAGAGAGGAGCUUUCCAAUGAGGAAUAACAUAAUCCUCCACGAUGACUCUGAAGUUUCAGCAAUAGAUGAGCAGAGUCCUGCAAACCUCUCAGGUGAACUGAGACACCAUCUGAAUGGACUCAUGUGCUCUCUUUAUCAGCAGAGUGUCAUUCCUUCAGAGCCAUCUCUCUGCCAAGAGGAGGCUGACAGGCAACACCAGUUGGUCUUUGACCAAUGCAAAGACCAGAGACAGUCAGUGCAAUCAGACCAGGGCUAUAUCUCUAGAUGUUCUCCUCUGCCUCCUGAUGACCUUGUGGAGGAGGAGGAGGAGGAAGAGGAGGAGGAUCAGGAAAAACAGGUGGUCUUCCAUGAACUUUCUCCAGAGGUCUUGAACAGUCUAAAGAGCCUCCAGAAGCAGCUGUUAUUCCAGGACAUUCAACAGAGCUCUGACGGGGAGUAUCCAGCUGAGGUGAUGGACAUUGGCCCAUCUUGGGAGGACUGUUAG